AUGUAUAUCCCAAACACCCUGUGGACGUGGUCCUUUGCCAUCGUCACCCUCGUCCAGACAGUGGUAACGCUGGCCCUAGAAUGUUACAUCUUCGCCAAUUUCCAGAUUCAGGAAAAAUCGAACACGAGCCCCACCUCCAAAACAAUCCCAACCUUCCUAGCUCUCUACAGUUUCGGGUUUAUCUACGAAUUAGUCCUCGUGUACGAUGCGCUGAAGAUGAAGAACACCAUUCAGGUGAUCGGGCUGUGUGCGUGCAAUAUCGGUCUCCUGAUCUAUGGCGCCGUCCAAGUGAAACAGAUACAGAAUGCAGUUUCCAUCAUGCACGACAACGGCGUCAUUGACAUGGUCGUCUGGGCCGAGUCACAGCCAUUUCUGAUCAUCAUUCCGUGCAUUGUCGGGCUCGGAUCCAUCCUGAUGAUAUUUGUGGCAUGGAAGCUGUACGACGAGUUUGCAUGGACAAUCUACAAGCACAUCAGCGCAGAUCUGCGCAUGAAGCGCCGCUUCCUAACCUAUCAGAUCUACAUCGCUCUGCUGAAGUUCGAUUUCUUUUUCUUCCUCGGCUUCACCGUACAGUUUUUGGUCGUGGUGGCGGAACACAACGCGGAGUUCUAUUUGACCAUUAUCGCUGUCCCUGGGACCAUCAUUAUCCUGGUCUGCGGUGCCUGGUUCGUCCGUCGGGAAUCCACUGCCGGCAUGAUCAUCAUUAUCUUGCUUUUCUUCGCGGCCAUGGGAUACUUCUGCUUCAAGCUGUUCCGCAUGUACGCGCCGGUAACUUUCACGCAAUACCUAACCGCUCGCCCGUCGAUGACAUUUUUCGCCAUCAUCACCCUAAUCCUGAUCGUGAUUACCAUCAUCAACGCCUGCAUGUGCGUGCACAAUUUCCACCAUGGCUUGAAGCCGCACAUCAACAAGAAGAAGGGCCAAUCCGAAGAGAAGACCACCGAGCUCUCAGACAACGUCAACAGCCAAGUUCCUUCCCGGAUGAUGAUUGACUAA